CACUCGUGCAGGUCACUCCUCCUCCGCCAUCCUGCUCAAGUGUUUCCAAGUAGAUUAUCAUAAGUGUUUCAGAACUUAACACCGCGUCACCCUAACUUAACACCGUGUCACCUUAACUUAACACCGUGUCACCCUAACUUAACACCGUGUCACCUUAACUUAACACCGUGUCAUCUUAACUUAACACUGUGUCACCUUAACUUAACACCGUGUCACCCUAACUUAACACCGUGUCACCCUAACUUAACACCAUGUCACCCUAACUUAACACCGUGUCACCCUAACUUAACACCGUGUCACCCUAACUUAACACUUGUAUUCUAGAAGAUCUUGUACUCAGUGUUGGGGAUAGAAUCUUGCACUCAGGCCAUCACGACUGAGUCCAUCGUACUCUACCUACAGCCAGAGUGAAGAAUCAUGACCACUAUACCACCAUCCACUUCCUUCCUCGUCCUUACCAUCAUCGUCACCUCCUGCCCACACGUCGUCCAUCCCCAGUUCCCCGGUCAGUCGUCUCGUGGGAUCAACAACUUGGGGCUUCAGUCACCCGAGGACUUCAACAACCAAGGCUUCCAGGCUACAGGAAUCCAAGACCGUCGCUUCGAUUCGCAAAACCCCAACAGACAGAGUAAUGACUUUCAAGGUGCCGGGAGCCAAGGUCGUGAUUCUCUAGACCCUCGCAGGGGGAGCAGUGGUAUCCUGCCUCCUGGUUUCCAAGGCCCCAGGGUCGAUUCUCCGAAGGUGGGGUCACCAGGAGUGUGUCCAGACAGCUCCUUCAGGGUGGUGGAGGAGCUGGGUGGUCGUCCGGGCAACCUGACCUGUUUCUCGUGUAAACUAGACUUCAGGAAGUCACCGUAUGAGUGGAGUCAUCCCUGCCUGGGGCGACACAACGGCCUUAACGUCAGUAGGGACUACCUGGUCCGCUGUGGCCCCAACGAUCUAUACUGCAGGGCUGAGAGGACGGAGGUGAACGGUGUGCUCAUCUCUCUGACUCGGGAGUGUACUGACAUCUGUUACUUCGGCUGUAGACCAAAAGGCUUCGGGAUAAGCUCGGAGUCAUGUGCCAAGUGUUGCAGCUCGAACGCCUGUAAUGAUAUGUACCCGCCCAGCAGCGCCCCGACCAUCACCACAGCCACUACUCCAUCGGUUACUACAGCAAUAAUCCUGGAAUGCAAAAAAAUCCUCGGAUGAAAACAACUACAAUCUUACCCGGAAAUAUAAGUUUGCUACUUUGAAUGGGAAAUCUUUCAUCAGUGUUUGUGGCAAUGAACAGACAGCCAG